GAUAGUUUCCCACCACGAAACCCCAGCGCGCACGCGCAGUAGAAGAAGUGUGCUGCUCCCGUUCCUAGCGCACAUUGACAGAAUCUUACAGAGGAACAUCUGGACACCCCCUCUCCCCUUCCCACUAUGGCUGACUCCAUGGAUAUAGAUGAUUCUCUGUACAGUCGGCAGCGGUAUGUGCUGGGGGACAGUGCUAUGCAGCAGAUGGCCCAGUCCUCUGUGCUUGUCAGUGGAAUGGGAGCUCUUGGAGUGGAAAUAGCAAAAAACAUUGUUCUGGCAGGAGUGAAGGCAGUCACCCUUCAUGACAGUAAGCGAUGUGAAGUUUGGGAUCUGGGCACCAACUUCUUCAUCAGAGAGGAGGAUGUGCAAAGCCAGAAGAAAAGGGUGGAGGCUGUCCAUUCACGAGUGGCUGAGUUAAACCCAUAUGUUCAGGUCAGUGUGUCCACUGAUGUCCUGGAUGAAAGCACUGACCUCAGCUUCCUGAAGAGAUACCAGUGUGUAGUACUAACAGAAACAAAGCUGAGCUUACAGAAACGAAUCAACCAUUUCUGCCACUCUCUGCAGCCUCCGAUUAAGUUCAUUGGCUGUGAUAUUUUUGGGAUCUGCUCGCGGGUGUUCUGUGAUUUUGGGGAGACGUUUGAGGUGUCUGACCCUACUGGAGAAGAACCAAAAGAAGUCUUCAUCCAAAACAUCAGCCAGGGGAGCCCUGGUGUUGUGACGUGUAUGGACAGCCGGACACACGGCCUCCAGACAGGGCAGAGUGUGUGUUUUAAAGAGAUCAAUGGCAUGAGUGAACUCAAUAGUUCCACACACCAAGUUACGGUUCUGUCUCCCUACAGUUUUGCAAUUGGAGAUACAUCAUCAUUCCAGCCAUAUGCUCAUGGGGGAAUCUUCCGCCUGGUCAAGAUUCCCAAAACCUUCAGCUUUGAGACAAUGGAGCAGCAGUUAUCUGAUCCUCGGCUCCUCACUCCAGACUUCAGUAAACCCGAGGUCCCUCUGCAGCUCCAUACUAUCAUGUUAGCUUUGGAUGCUUUCCUGGAACAGCAUGCUAGACUCCCCAGCAUCGGUUGUUUGCAGGAUGCUGAGCUGCUCCUGAAGUUCACAGAGGAGAUCAGCAAAACACUUAAAAACAAAGUAUGCAUAAACCAGGAUCUGGUGAGGUGUGUGUCGCGCUGUGCGAGGGGAUGUCUCUCUCCUCUAGCGGCAGCGGUGGGUGGUAUCGCUAGUCAGGAGGUUUUAAAGGCUCUCACUGGAAAGUUUUCCCCUCUUCAGCAAUGGUUUUAUCUCGAUGCAGUUGAGGUGGUUCAGCCCCUCCAAUCUCUUCCUGCUGAGGAAUUUGCCCCAAGGGGUGAUCGGUACGAUGCAUUGAGGGCGUGUAUCGGCGAGUCGCUGUGUUUGAAACUGCACAGUUUUCGAGUCUUUAUGGUGGGCUGUGGUGCUAUCGGCUGUGAGAUGCUGAAGAAUUUGGCACUUUUGGGUGUGGGAUUGAACAGAUGCUCAGGAGAGAUUUGCGUUACUGAUCCAGAUUUGAUUGAGAAAUCCAACCUCAACCGGCAGUUUCUCUUCAGACCACACCAUAUACAGAAGCCAAAGAGCACUACAGCAGCAGCAGCUACAUUAGAAAUAAACCCAGAGCUCCAAAUAGAUGCUCAUCUGAAUAAAGUAUAUCCUGCUACAGAGGACAUUUAUAGUGAUGCUUUCUUCUCCUGCCUCAACCUGGUGGUCACCGCACUGGACAACGUGGAGGCUCGGAGAUAUGUGGAUAGUCGGAGCGUAUCCAAUCAGAAAGCUCUGUUAGACUCGGGUACCAUGGGUACGAAAGGGCACACUGAGAUCAUCAUCCCAAACCUCACUGAGUCCUACAACAGCCAUAGAGACCCACCGGAGGAGGAGAUUCCGUUUUGCACUCUAAAGUCUUUUCCUGCUGUCAUUGAACACACCAUACAGUGGGCCAGAGACAAGUUUGAGAGCUCUUACUCCCACAAACCCUCCAUUUACAACAUGUUCUGGCAGAGUCAUUCAUCACCUCAGGAUGUGUUACAGAGGAUGAUGGCUGGGGAGAGUAUGGAAGGAUCAUUUCAGGUCAUUAAGUUGUUGAGUCGGAGACCUACUCAAUGGAAUCACUGUAUAGCUCUUGCUCGACUCAAAUUCGACAAGUACUUCAAAAGAAAGGCAUUACAACUACUUCACUCAUUUCCACUGGACACACGGCUAAAAGACGGCAGUCUGUUCUGGCAGUCUCCCAAACGGCCGCCUUCUCCUAUAGAGUUUGAUCUCAGUGACCCACUGCAUUUUGGUUUUGUUGUCAGCGCAGCUCGCCUUUUUGCUGGAAUUUAUAAAAUUCCAUAUUCAGAGGAGAAACUUUCCUAUGAGGCUGUUCAAAGUGUUUUAACUAAAGUGGAGGUUCCCGAAUACAAACCAGCUGAAAAGCAUAUAGAGACAGAUGAGUCUGUUAAGAAGCCUGAUCAUUUGAAAAUGACAGUGAGCAGUGAAGAGGAGAGAGAAGCGAUCUCACAGCUACAGGAGGCCAUCAGCUCCAGCUUUAUAACACCUGAGAGGCUACGUAUGACUCCGCUGUUCUUUGAAAAGGAUGAUGACUCAAACGGACACAUGGAUUUUGUAGCGUCAGCGUCGGCUCUGCGAGCUCAUAUGUAUGCCAUCGAGGCCGCUGACAGACUACAAACCAAACGAAUUGCUGGCAAAAUCAUCCCUGCUAUCGCCACAUCUACAGCUGCCGUCGCAGGACUGGUGUCAACUGAGUUGGUAAAAGUCGCUGGUGGUUAUGGAUUUGAGUUGUUUAAGAACUGUUUCUUCAACCUGGCAAUUCCAGUCAUGGUGCUCACAGAAACCGCUCCGGUCAAGAGAACCCAGAUCAGAGAUGAUAUCUCCUUUUCUAUCUGGGACCGUUGGACUAUCUUCGGUCACGAGGACUUUACCUUGUCUGAUUUCAUCAGCGCAGUAAGGGAGAAGUACGGAAUUGAGCCCACUAUGGUUGUUCACGGAGUGAAGAUGCUGUAUGUGCCUGUUAUGCCAGGCCAUAACAAAAGACUCAAACUGACAAUGCAUAAACUGAUCAAACCUUCAGCAGGCAGGAAGUAUGUUGACCUUACCGUAUCAUUUGCCCCUGAGGUGGAUGGUGACGAAGAUCUGCCCGGUCCCCCAGUGCGCUAUUACUUCAGUCGAGAAACUGAGAGUGGCGAGACGGCCUAGCGCGAACACACACACAUACACACACACACUCUCUCUCUCUCUCACACACACACACACACACACACACACACACACACACACACACACACACUCACAAACUCUCCUCCCUCUUGCUCUGUGGACCACAAGUGGAGUAGCACUUGAUCUGACUCAAUGUACAUAGUAAAUUUUUGUUUUCUACUGGUUUAUUAUUUUAUUGCACAGCAUUGUCUGUGCAGAUGCCUUAAGAUAAUUAUAUUGUGCUUCAAAGUGACAAUAAUAAUGGUUAUAAUAUGAAUGCUCUAAAGAGUAAAACAAAAAAGAAAGUGUUUACACAACUUCCCCAGGGCUUAUUAUUCUAUGUUAGUCUCUUAAACUAGGAGAGGACUCUGUAAAAAAAAAUCAAUAGAGGGCUUGUAAAAGAAGAACUUUCAUCAUGAA